AUGUGGAGAGAGACAGUGUGCGUUGUGGUUGUGUGGGUCAUACGGAGGUGGCUGAUGCAGAGAGGGUCUCUAUGUUUGCGGAGAUGUGGCUAUGACCCAACAAGGGCACCAUUGUGGUUGGUGACAGUGACCAGUUAUGCACGAUGGCUGGUCGGUGGUGACAUUAUGUAUGGCGUGGAUUCGAAUCUGUAUGUGUCGGUCUCGAGGUUGUAUGAAUUAAUGUGUAAAAAGUGGAAAUGCCAUGAUGAAGCCAAUGUGCGCACUGCAGCUUGCAUUUGCUUAAAAACUGUCUCACGCUCAAUCAAGAAUUUGAGUGCAGGUUAUUUCAUGAAUGAAAGGAUUGUCAUUCCAUUAGUCCGGCUUCUCUCUGAUCUUUGCACUUCUGUCCAAGUUGCAGCCCUUGGUGCUAUUAGCAACAUAGUAGUGGACUUUACACCAAAUAAGUCAACAAUCAUACAAUGUGGAGGCAUUAAAGAGCUUGUCCAUUUGACAAAGUCUAUGGAUUCGUCUUUAAGGUUGAAUGCUGUGUGGUCCUUGCGGAACAUGAUAUUUCUUGCGGAUAAGAUGUGCAAGGAAGCAAUUUUUAUGGAGUUGACUGCUUCUUCAGUAGCUACCCUUAUCUGUGAUCCUGAGCCUUCUUGCCGAUUACUGUUGAAUGCUUCCAACUUUGAGAUUAUUGCUGAAAUUAUUGUGGUUUGUGGGGUUGGAAAGCAUAGAAGUGAAAAAGGGGAAUCAUCAAUUAAAGCAUUGGGUCAGAAGAUGUUGAUGGAGAUGAAAAGUCCACUCAGGAUUGAUAAAAGGAAGAUGGAUGCUUUGUUGGUAAAGACAACAGGAAGCCGAGGAAAUUCAGGGCCUGUUUGUGGUUCUAAAAUAAAUGAGUUACCUAACAACCAUUCAUCAAACACACUGUCUAGGAGUGAAGUUAUUGCUUUCAAAUGGUAG